AUGCCCCAGUUGCACUCGGUUAUGCCUCGCCAACGGCGCAAUAGGACAGGUUGCAAAGCAAAAGCUAUUGGCGUACGUUCAGUGACACAAUGGUUGAAUGGAAGUGAAAACAGUUCUUCAGAGUUACACGGGGAUGCAGGUGACAAGAAGUUAGAUGAAAAUAAGAUGAAAAGGUUUUUACGUCGAGAAAGGGCAGCAGUAAAGUAUGUUCGAGAAGGACAACCUAGAGAUGACGGUUCCAGCCCCGCCACGGAUCCGCUGCUGGCUGCUGGUGUCACGCAGAAGCGUGUUGGCGGCCACUGCGGCGGCGGGAGGUCGAGGAACCCGCGCGGCCACUUUCCCUCUCCGCGGCCGCCCCGUGCUGCGCCCUGGCGGCGGGCCGGGACUCCCGCGGGCGCGGCGGCGCCCCCGCACGCCGCCCGGCCGCCUCCGCCUCCGCCAGCGCGCUCGCCAGCCGGCUGGCAGGCAAGCAGGCUCGCAGUCCGUCGCGCGAGCCGUGCGCGAGCGAGUGUCGGUUGCGAGCGAGCGAGCGAGAGUGUGCGUCUGCGCGCGCGCGCGCGGGUCGCGAUGGCGGCGACGGCGGAGCAGCUGCGCCUGGCGCAGGUGGGGCUGGUGGCGCGCAGCCCCGAGGGCCACGCGGCCAAGGGCAUGGCCAUCAAGGGCCAGGAGGACCUGUGGGUGGAGAUCCAGGCCAACACCUUCCGCAACUGGGUGAACGAGCACCUGCGCGGCGCGGGGGCGCCCGAGGUGCGCGACCUGGCCACCGACCUGCGCGACGGCACGCGCCUCUGCGCCCUCGUCGAGGCCCUGCAGCGCCGCCCCAUCCGCCCGCCCUGGAUCCGACGCCCGGCCAACCAGCACCAGUUCCUGGAGAACGUGGCGGCGGCGCUCGCGGCCAUCGCCGCCGACGGCGUCAAGCUCGUCAACAUCGGAAAUGUGGACAUAGUCAAUGGCAACCUCAAGCUGGUUCUUGGACUCAUUUGGUCGCUUAUCGUUCGCUACCAGAUUGGUCGCUCCAAAUUCCCUCCCAAGAAGCUAAUGCUCGCUUGGCUUAAGGCUGUGCUACCAGAAUGCAGAGUUACAAACUUCACAACGGACUGGAACUCGGGCGUCUUCCUCGUUGCCAACUGCCGGCGGGCGAUGGAGGCGGCGCGCCGCGAGCUGGGCGUGCCCGUGGUGCUGCAGCCCGAGUACCUGGCGUCGCCGCACCUGGACGAGCUGUCGGGCAUGACGUACCUGUCGUACUUCAUGCGCGAGGGCGGCCCGGGCUACAAGGCGACGCUGCGCUGGGUGCAAAGCCAGCUGCCCGACAUGCACGUGCGCAACUUCACGCGAGACUGGAACGACGGGACGGUGCUGUGCUCGCUGGUGCGCUCCCUGGGCGGGCCGGUGCCCGGCUUCGAGCAGCUGCAGGCCGAGUCCUCGCAUUGGGAGAGCAACCUCAACAAAGGGCUGCAGGGAGGGCGGCGCCUGGGGGUGGAGCCGCUGCUGCGCGCCAAGGACAUGGCGGACACGCACGUGGAGCACCUGGGCGUGAUGGCGUACGCCGCGCACUUCCAGUGGCUGCCCGCGCGCCGCGCGCCCGGCGAGCGCCUCGCCCUCUCCGCCGACGGCCACACGGCGCGCGUGCACAAGCCGUUUCACUUCCGGCUGGAGCUGCUGUCGCAGGACGUGGACGCGCGGGAGGUGCGCGCCGAGGUGGUGGCUCCGUCGGGGCGCGUCAGCGAGUGCCGCAUCUCCCUGGGCGGCGGCGGCGGCAAGGGCUCCUUCGUGCCCACGGAGGUCGGCAUGCACCAGCUGACGGUGUUCAACGAGGGCGAGGCCGUGCGCCACUGCCCCAUGCACGUGCGCGCGGUGCCCGAGCUCUCCUCCAUCAGCUUCCCCGGCAUGGAGCCCUGCGCCGUCGGCUCCAUCGUCGAAGUCCUCAUCAACUCGAACGGCGCCAACACGCGUGAGGUGGACGUGCGCGCGCACGCGCCCACGGGCCGGUCGCUGGCGUGCCCCGUGCGCGAGCAGGGCGGCGUCUACUCGGCCGCCUUCCAGCCCGACGAGCCCGGCGAGUGGCGCAUCGCAGUCACCCACGGCGGCGAGCACAUUCAGGGCGGGCCCUUCACCUGCUUCGUCUUCGACCCCAACGGCGUUAAGGACGUCACAGGGUCGCCGUACGUGGUCCGCGUGUCGGGCCCGCGCGGCCCCCGCGAGAAGUCGGCGUCGCCCACAGUGCGCCACAACGCCACGCCCUCGCCCCUGCUGCAGCACAGCGCCUCGCCCUCGCCCCUGCACCACCAGGAGUCGUCGUCGUCGUGGCGGGAGCGCAGCGCCUCCGCCCAGUCGGGCGGCGGGCUGUACGCGAGCGGCGGCAGCAGUCCCGGGUUCGCGUCCCCGGCGCGGCUGCGCUCGUCGCCGGCCGAGGAGACGCCCUUGCGACGCCGGCCCGCGGCAUCCACGCCCCUGCACCUGCACUCAGUGGAGGCGCGCGCGCGGUCGCCGACGCUGUCGCCCCCCUUCGUCAAGGUGACGCCCCCCACGCCGCAAGUCACCACCAGCACCGGCGGCUACUUCUCAGAUGGUAAGCCUGCCUUCCCCAGCGGUGAUUCCAUGAUUUAA